CGCUGCCGGAAGCGGCCGCAGGGAGUGGGGCCGAGCUGAGUGGGGCAGCGCGGAGUGGCGUCUCCACUGUGUCGCCUCGGCCGCUGCGGGCACUAUGAAGCCGGCGGCCUGAGGGCGCAGCGGCCGGCCCUGCUCCGACAUGCCCGCCGGGCCCUUCGGCGCAGGUCUCUGGGUUGUGGCAUAGAGGCACUAUGUACUCUGAGUGGAGGUCCUUGCACCUUGUCAUUCAGAAUGAUCAGGGGAACACCAGUGUCCUUCACAGCUACCCUGAAAGCGUGGGCAGAGAGGUGGCGAAUGCCGUGGUGCGUCCUCUGGGGCAGGCUUUGAUUACAUCAUCUGUUGGAAGUGAGAGCUUGCUGAAAACAGACAAAGAAGUAAAAUGGACGAUGGAGGUGGUCUGCUAUGGGCUGACCCUGCCUCUGGACGGCGACACUGUCAAGUACUGCGUGGAUGUGUACACGGACUGGAUCAUGGCCCUUGUGCUACCCAAGGACUCCAUCCCUUUGCCAGUCAUUAAGGAACCAAACCUUUAUGUUCAGAGCAUUCUCAAACAUCUCCAAAACCUCUUUGUCCCAAGGCCAGACCCAGGAUCUAGUCAGAUCAGGUUGUGCUUGCAGGUGCUGAAGGCUGUGCAGAAGCUGGCUCGGGAGUCCACCACCAUGGCCAGGGAGACCUGGGAGGUUCUGUUGUUGUUUCUCCUGCAGAUCAAUGACACUCUUCUGGCAGCUCCAACUGUGCAAGGUGGCAUUGCUGAGAGCCUGGCAGAGAAGCUGAUCGGGGUGCUGUUCGAGGUGUGGCUGCUGGCCUGCACACGCUGCUUCCCAACGCCUCCCUACUGGAAAACUGCCAAAGAGAUGGUGGCCAACUGGAGACAUCACCCUGCAGUGGUUGAGCAGUGGAGCAAGGUCAUCUGUGCCCUCACUUCCAGGUUGCUGCGCUUCACCUACGGCCCUUCCUUCCCGCCCUUUAAGAUCCCCGACGAGGACGCGGGGCUGAUCCCCCCCGAGAUGGACAAUGAGUGUGUGGCACAGACCUGGUUUCGCUUUUUACACAUGCUGAGCAAUCCUGUGGAUUUGAGUAACCCAGCCAUUAUUAGCUCUACCCCCAAAUUUCAGGAGCAGUUUCUGAAUGUGAGUGGGAUGACUCAAGAGCUGAACCAGUACCCCUGCCUUAAACAUCUGCCUCAAAUCUUCUUCCGUGCCAUGCGUGGGAUCAGCUGUUUGGUGGAUGCCUUCCUAGGCAUCUCGCGGCCCCGCGCCGACAGCGCGCCCCCCACGCCGGUGAACAGGCUGAGCAUGCCACAGAGCGCCGCCGCCAGCACCACGCCGCCCCACAACCGCCGGCACCGGGCAGUGACUGUGAACAAGGCCACCAUGAAGACCAGCACUGUAACUACUGCACACCCCUCCAAAGGGCAGCACCAGCCCUCCUCCACUUCUCCGCUCUCUAGCCCAAACCAGACAAGCUCUGAGCCGCGGCCGCUGCCGGCUCCGCGCAGGCCAAAGGUGAACAGCAUCUUGAACCUCUUUGGAUCCUGGUUGUUUGAUGCAGCUUUUGUUCACUGUAAACUUCACAAUGGAAUCAACAGAGACAGCAGCAUGACUGCAUCUUUUAUCCAAAUUCUUCUUUCUUAUAAAUCUUCCAUAGCGACCCAAGCCAGCGUGGAGUUCCGCCGCAAGGGGUCCCAGCUCUCCACAGACACCAUGGCCUCCAACCCUGCCUUCGACGCCGCCGAGUUCCCCGACAACUACGAGGCAGGAAGGGCAGAGGCCUGCGGGACGCUCUGCAGGAUAUUUUGUAGCAAGAAGACCGGGGAGGAGAUCUUGCCGGCCUACCUGUCCCGAUUUUACAUGCUUUUAAUUCAGGGUUUGCAGAUAGCAGACUUCGUUUGCCACCCUGUGCUCGCCAGCGUCAUCCUGAACUCCCCUCCUCUCUUCUGCUGUGACCUGAAAGGGAUUGAUGUUGUGGUUCCCUACUUCAUCUCGGCUCUGGAGACUAUUCUACCUGACAGAGAACUCUCCAAGUUUAAAAUCUAUGUAAACCCCACAGAGCUGAGAAGAGCUUCGAUUAACAUCCUGCUGUCUCUGUUGCCUCUCCCCCAUCAUUUUGGAACCAUAAAGUCUGAGGUUGUCCUGGAAGGGAAGUUCAGCAAUGAUGACAGCUCCAUUUAUGAUAAGCCAGUAACCUUCCUGUCCUUGAAGCUGAGGCUUGUGAAUAUCCUGAUAGGAGCUCUGCAGACGGAAACCGAUCCCAACAACACUCAAAUGAUCCUGGGUGCAAUGCUGAACAUCGUCCAGGAUUCAGCACUGCUGGAAGCCAUUGGCUGCCAGAUGGAAACGAACGGCGGUGAGAGCCACCUGCUGAAGAGCCACAGCCGCACCAACAGCGGCAUCAGCACCGCGAGCGGCGGCAGCACCGAGCCCACCACACCCGACAGCGAGAGGCCAGCACAGGCCCUGCUCAGGGACUAUGCUCUUCAUACAGAUACAGCUGCUGGCCUGCUGAUACGCAGCAUUCACCUGGUCACCCAGAGACUCAACUCACAGUGGAGGCAGGACAUGAGUAUCUCCCUGGCUGCACUGGAGCUUCUGUCUGGACUGGCAAAGGUGCGGGUGCUGGUGGAGAGCGCGGACCGGCAGCGCGCCAUCAGCUCCGUCUGCAGCUACAUCGUCUACCAGUGCAGCCGCCCCGCGCCGCUGCACUCCCGCGACCUGCACUCCAUGAUCGUCGCUGCCUUCCAGUGCCUCUGCGUCUGGCUCACCGAGCACCCCGACAUGCUGGACGAGAAGGACUGUUUAAAAGAGGUCCUGGAGAUUGUGGAGCUGGGCAUUUCAGGAAGUAAAUCCAAAAACAGUGAGCAAGAGGUCAAGUACAAAGGAGAUAAAGAGCCAAACCCUGCAUCCAUGAGAGUGAAGGAUGCUGCUGAAGCUACACUAACCUGUAUUAUGCAGUUACUUGGAGCAUUCCCCUCUCCCAGUGGCCCUGCGUCCCCUUGCAGCCUGGUGAACGAGGCGACGCUGAUCCGGUACUCGCGGCUGCCCACCAUCAACCAGCACAGCUUCCGCUACUUCGUGCUGGACAACAGCGUCAUCCUGGCCAUGCUGGAGCAGCCCCUGGGCAACGAGCAGAAUGACUCCUUCCCCUCGGUCACGGUUUUGAUCCGUGGGACAUCUGGAAGACUUGCCUGGGCCCAGCAGCUCUGUCUCUUACCAAGAGGAGCCAAAGCAAAUCAAAAGACUUUUGUCCCAGAGCCUCGGCCAGCUCCCAGGAAUGACGUGGGGCUGAAGUACAGCGUGAAGCACCGCCCCUUCCCCGAGGAGGUGGACAAGAUCCCCUUCGUGAAAGCUGACCUGAGCAUCCCUGACUUGCAUGAGAUCGUGACUGAGGAGCUGGAGGAGCGGCACGAGAAGCUGCGGAGCGGCAUGGCCCAGCAGAUCGUCUUUGAGACGUCCAUCGACCAGCAGAGCGAGGAGGAGUGGCGCAAGAAGAGCUUCCCCGACCCGCUGACGGAGUGCAGGCCCCCGCCGCCCGCCCAGGAGUUCCAGACCGCUCGCCUCUUCCUCUCCCACUUCGGCUUCCUCUCCCUAGAGGCACUGAAGGAACCUGCUAACAGUCGUCUACCUCCUCACCUGAUUGCACUUGACUCUGCCCUUCCUGGGUUUUUUGAUGACCUUGGCUACCUGGAUUUGCUUCCAUGUCGUCCUUUUGAUACUGUGUUCAUUUUCUACAUGAAGGCAGGCCAGAAGACAAGCCAGGAGAUCCUCAAGAACAUGGAGUCUUCCAGAAUUGUCCAGCCACACUUCCUGGAGUUCCUGCUGUCCCUUGGCUGGUCUGUGGAUGUGGGGAAGCACCCUGGGUGGACUGGCCACGUCUCCACAAGCUGGUCCAUCAACAGCUGCAGUGAUGAAGAGGCAUCUGAACAAGAUGAUCUGAUUCCUUCAGAAGACGUUGGGGCAAGUAUCUUCAACGGGCAGAAGAAGGUGCUCUACUAUGCUGAUGCCCUGACAGAAAUAGCUUUUGUUGUCCCAUCUCCAGUGGAGUCCCUGACUGAUUCCCUGGACAGCAACACCUCUGACCAGGAGAGUGACUGCAACAUGGAUCUGCUGCCAGGAAUAUCCAAGCAGCAGUCCCUGACACUGGAACUCUUCCCCAGUCACACAGAAAGCCUGAACCCCUCCCAGCGGCUCAGUCCUACUUCCAGAUCCAAGAGGGUGCCUCAGGGCCGGACCAUUCCCCCCAUGGGCCCUGAAACCAAAGUGUACGUGGUGUGGGUGGAGCGCUACGACGACAUAGAGAACUUCCCUCUCCCUGACCUGCUGUCUGAGACCAGCACUGGUGUGGAAACCACAGCCAACAGCAGCGCUUCCCUGAGAUCUACCACUCCUGAGAAGGAAGUUCCUGUGAUCUUCAUCCAUCCUUUAAACACUGGCUUGUUCAGGAUAAAACUGCAAGGAGCAACUGGGAAGUUCAACAUGGUUAUCCCACUGGUGGAUGGGAUGAUAGUCAGCAGGAGAGCACUGGGGUUCCUGGUGCGGCAGACGGUGAUCAACAUCUGCCGCAGGAAGCGGCUGGAGAGCGACUCCUACAACCCCCCCCACGUGCGCCGGAAACAGAAGAUCGCAGACAUCGUCCACAAGUACCGCAACCGGCAGCUGGAGCCCCAGUUCUACACCUCGCUCUUCCAGGAGGUGGGGCUCCACAACUGCAACCCCUAGGUCGGGUCCUGCCGGGACAGUCGGGUCAGAGCUUGGUGGCUACGGUAAGGGAAGCAGGGUCGCCGCCAGCGACCGAUUCGCGCAGCCCUCUGGAAUUCAGGAAAUGGGAUUGGAGUCAGCAGGCAGCCUGUGGGAGGAGCGAGAGGUGAGCUCGGACGUGCGGCUGGGGUG